CAUGCCUUGAGGCCCCCAAAAAAGAGUUGUAAACAUAUGGAGAUUGAAACAGCAACUGCAGCUAGGGUUAGCAAUGCAGAUCUUGAGAAAGGGGUUUCAUCAGAGCAUGAUGGAGAUAAAAGUGCAGCAUAUUUGGUAUGGCAAGAUCUCAGUGUUCUGUUGCCAAACUUUGGGAACGGCCCUACUAGAAGGUUACUCAAUGGCCUCAAUGGCUAUGCUCAACCUGGUAGAAUCAUGGCUAUUAUGGGUCCUUCUGGUUCCGGCAAGUCCACCCUUCUUGAUUCAUUAGCAGGUAGGCUCUCCGGAAAUCUUGUUAUGACUGGAAAUAUUCUUCUGAAUGGAAGGAAAAGGAGGCUUGACUAUGGUGGAGUUGCUUAUGUGACACAGCAGGAUACAUUCUUGGGAACCCUAACUAUCAGAGAAACCAUCAAAUACUCAGCACAACUGAGGCUUCCAAGCAACAUAACCAAAGAUGAAGCAAAUGAUAUCAUUGAAAAAACAAUCAUGGAGAUGGGUCUCCAAGAUUGUGCUGAUAAUCUCAUUGGUAACUGGCAUUUAAGAGGUAUAAGUGGAGGAGAAAAAAAGAGGCUAAGCAUUGCCUUAGAAAUUCUUACGCAACCACAACUAUUAUUUCUUGAUGAACCCACAAGUGGGCUGGACAGUGCCGCAGCUUUUUUUGUGACUCAAGUGCUCAAGAAUGUUGCCUGUGGAGGGAAAACAGUAAUUGCUUCCAUUCACCAGCCAAGCAGUGAAGUUUUUACACUUUUUGAUUAUCUUUUUCUGUUAUCUGGUGGUGAAACCAUUUAUUUUGGUGAAGCAAAGAUGGCUGUCGAGUUCUUUGCUGAUUCAGGGUUUGAUUGUCCAAGUAGAAGGAAUCCAUCUGAUCAUUUUCUUCGUUGUACAAAUUCAGACUUUGACGAUGUCAAUGCUAGACUGAUGGGUUCUCGUCGUAUAAGUGAAAAUUACAAGCCAAGUGGUCUUUUAUUGGAUAUGGCAACAACAGAGAUCAAGGAAAAGCUCAUCCAGAAAUACAAAUGCUCAAAGUAUGCAGCAAUAGUGAAAUCUAGAGUUCAAGAAAUUUUAAUUAUUGUAUCACAGGAAGGCCUAGAGAUUGAAAAAAGGGGAGGAAGCCAGGCCGGAUGGAUCAAGCAAUUUUCAACGUUAACAAGAAGAUCAUUCAUAAACAUGUCUAGGGAUUUUGGUUAUUAUUGGUUAAGAAUAAUAGUAUACAUAGUGGUAUCAAUUUGUGUUGGUACUGUUUUUCUUAAUGUUGGCACAAACUAUUCUGCAAUCUUGGCAAGAGGGGCUUGUGGUGGAUUCAUAUCAGGUUUCAUGACAUUCAUGUCCAUAGGAGGCUUCCCAUGCUUCAUUGAAGAAAUGAAGAUAUUUUACAAAGAAAGACUCAAUGGGCACUAUGGAGUUGGAGUGUUUAUUCUUGCAAACUUCAUCUCUUCACUACCAUUCUUGACAACAAUGGCUUUCAGUUCAUCAGCCAUCACCUACUUCACGGCGAAAUUCCGGUCCGGCUUCUUCCGUUUUCUGUAUGCAGCCACAGACCUACUGCUCUCCAUUUCUGUUGUAGAGGGCUGCAUGAUGGUUGUGGCUUCCCUGGUUCCAAAUUUCUUGAUGGGACUCAUUGUUGGGGCAGGAUUUAUUGGAAUUAUGAUGGCUACGGCUGGCUUUUUCUGCCCUCUGACUGAACUUCCAAAGCCUUUCUGGCGCUACCCAAUGUCCUAUAUCAACUAUAUGGCAUGGGGUCUACAGGGAGCUUACAAGAAUGACAUGAUUGGGCUUGAAUUUGAACCUCUUCAGCCAGGAGAGCCAAAAUUAAAGGGAGAAUUCAUCAUCACAAAAAUUCUUGGCUUUUCACUAGAUCAUUCAAAGUGGUGGGAUUUGGCUGUUGUUCUAGCCAUAUCCAUAUCAUACAGGAUGCUGUUCUACAUCAUUCUCAAGUUGAGGGAGAAAGCUUUACCCAUGAUCAAAACAAUUUAUGUGGAAAAAACUCUGCAGCAUCUCAGCAAGAGGCCUUCAUUCAGGAAGACACCACCAUUACCUUUUCCAUCAAAGAGACACCAAACCAUCCAUUCAUUAUCUUCUCAAGAAGGUCUUAGUUCUCCAAUUAAUUGAAACCAGAAGCUUUGACUAUAUCUUGUCCUACGAUAUGAUUAAAAAAUCACACAAACUUCACUCCAACUGACAUUCUUUUUGUCUACCAUUUGGAUAGGUAACAUGAAAGAAGUAUAUGUUUAUACACCAUUUGAGAUAAAAUUUUUAUGCACCAUUUAAGGUGUUACAAACUACUAAA